AUGAGUAAUGCUAGUUUUUUGGUUGUAAAAAUGGGGGCUUUCUUUGUUGUGAUACACUCUCUGGUCUCAAAGUCCCUCCUCCUCAUCUCUGGCUGCUUUUGUUGUUGACUCCCAUCAAAGAUGGCGUCGAGCGCCAACUAAACCCACAUCCAACCCGAGAAUCACAAGACUGACCAUUCCCACCUGAAGGACCGGGACGGACCAUGGCUUUUGAGGAGAUAAAGAAGAAAGGAAUGAUGGACAUCUCAGGGAUGGAAGGAGAGGUCGGUCUUGUUGCGGGUCGCAGCCAAAGAGAGAAGAGGCGCUCGUAUAAAGAUCUGUUGAGAGAGGAAGAAGAAAUCGCAGCGCAGGUGCGCAAAACCUCCAAGAAACACCACAAGGAUUCUGACCUUUUCCUAUUAGGAGGAGAUUCACACAAGAAAAAAAAGAAGCACUUGAGUGAUGACUACUAUCACAGAGACCAUCACAGCUCUAGUCAGCCGCCCCACAAGAAGAAGCGCAAGUCUUCAGAUCGCUCGCCCUCUCUGUCCUCUUCCUCGUCCUCUCACCCGUCCCACUCCACAGACACGGCCAUGGGCCUCCUGGAGGCCAUCACCUCCCCGCUGGCCACGGGCUCCGACCCCGCCCCUCACUUCCACAAAAAACCCUCCUACCCUCCCCACACCUCCUCGCACUCCUCCAAAGACCGAAAACGUGACAGCAGCUCCAAGAGCACCCACUCCUACCCGCACUCUCGUCCCCCCAGCUCAUCUUCAUCUAAAAAGCAUUCUUCUUCCUCGAAGUCUCUGCUGUUUCACGGAGGAGCUGGAAAAGGAGAGCCGUUGACGCUCUGUGAAGCUGAAGGCCUCAAGAUGAAGCUCAUCCUUUCUUCAAAAGAGAAGAAUGAAAGUGUAGGGAUGAAUGAGGGAUUCUCCUUCCCGGUACAUUCUUCUUCAUCUUCAGGUGUUGUUGGUCACCAUUCGUCCUCCAGCUCGAAGAAAGGAGGGAUAAAGAAGGAAAAAGACAAAGAUAAAAUGAUGUCAAAGCCACCAAAGAAAAAGCAGCACAGCCGAGAGCCACUGCCUGUAGUGGGGAAAGAGGUGGAGGUUGUGGGUCAUUACGGUGGGUCUUACGGCGGCAUGGGAGGAGAGAGCUCAUCUUCAGGAGGAGAACUAGAGGCCGGCGAGCUGGUGAUUGACGACUCCUACACACAUCUCUCUAAAAAGAAGAAAAAAAGCAAGAAGAGCAAAAAGAAAAAAGAUAAAGAGCGAGAUCGAGAUCGAGAGAAAGGAUCCAGGGAGAAGAAACACAGCAAAGGAGGAAGCGGAGGGAAGAAAAGUGUUACAGGUGAUCAGUCUAGAAGCCACUCCCACUCUCACAGCUCAUCCAAUCACAGCACUUCUGGUGGCAUGUACGCUAUGGCUCCACCCACCUCAUCCCAUCACCAUCAAAGCAUUGAACUGGUGGGCGAGAAGAAGAAAAAGAAGGAGGAAAAGGACAGAGACAAACAUGACAAGGACAAGCCGAAGAAGAAGAACACGACGGCCUAUCAGGUGUUCUGUAAAGAGUACAGGGUCAAUAUCAAUGCAGAACAGCCUGGAUUAGUCUUCGGGGAGCUGAGUAAGAAACUCGCAGAGGUGUGGAAACAGCUGCCUGAAAAAGACAAACUGGUUUGGAGACAGAAAGCUCAAUAUCUCCAGCACAAGCAGAAUAAAGCUGAAGCGAUGACGGUCAAGCGGAAAACUUUAACAACCUCAGAGAGUAAAAGUAAAGGCUCAAGUAAAGCUGUCAGUUUAGGGGCAGGAUUGGCCCCUCAGGGCCGCUCGUCUUUGGGUAUGUCGUUGUCUCCGGCACGGGUACCUGAUGUGGAUCCCAUAGAUGCGGCCGCUCAUCUACAGCUGCUAGGUGAAUCGCUGUCUCUGAUUGGACACCGACUUCAGGAGACGGAGGGGAUGGUGGCGGUGUCUGGCAGUCUUUCGGUGCUUUUAGACUCUAUUUUAUGUGCUCUUGGUCCAUUAACCUGCUUGACGGCACAGGUUCCUCAGCUCAAUGGCUGUCCACGCAACAUCCUGUCAAAUACUUUGGACAACAUCGCUUAUAUAAUGCCUGGACUAUGAAUCUUUUAAAAGGCACUUAUAAGAGACUGGGUUACAUUUGGACGCAUUCCCAGAAGCACCAAACGAAGGACCAGAGUUUGUUUUUUAACUUUUUCUGAUCGGUGAACAUUCUUAGCCUCUGACAUGUUUUUAAAAACAGUAUUUAAAAUGUUAGUCAUUUUUUUAAUGUUGUAAAAAAAGAUAUUCUUUUUUAGAGGACACUUUUAAAGUUUCAGUGUUUAGUUGCGAUGUCUGUUGUAAGUUGUGUUUGUGAGUGUACGUGAGAGUGAUCUAAUUCACAUGCUUUCAUAAUGUCCAAAACAUUUAUGUUUUAUACAAAUAUGUGCAUUGUCAUUUUAGGGCCAAAUGUUUUUUUUUUUUUUAUUUAAUACUGAGUUAAUUUAUAACAACAGCAGUUUAACUGCACUGUCAUCAUGUCUUACAUAUUGUAUUUUUGUAAUGCAAAUGUUGUAAUAAUAUUAUAGUUUUCAAGUUUUAGCACGUUUACAGGGCAAGCAUGUAUAAAAUCGUUUUAAAGGUGCAGUAAGUAUUUUUUUCUUUUUAUAUCUGAAAUUCAUAGUUAAUUUCACAAAUAUUUUUAUAAUGAUGUGCACAGACGUGAAGACCCCAACAAGACCCUCCCUCACAUAACCCUCAUUUAUAGUACUUUUGAUUGCCGAAUAAAUUUGUCAAAUAUGCCUAUCAAUAUUUUUUCAGUGGAAUCAUAAAAUUGAAAACUUUUGCUUGGAGUAUCCAGUCAGAUAGGGAUCAGUAUGCAUAGAAAAUUACUUACUGCACCAACAAGUUAGUUUACCUUUUUAAGUGAUCAUUUUAAAACAAGUGAUUGUUAGUAGUUUUAGAAGAUGGAGGAAAAAAGAAAAAUAUAUUUGCAUUGGAUAUGUGCAUUUUGCAUUGACUUAUUUUCAUUAAAUCUCAAAGAUCCCAAGUGGGUUUGUCGUUAUAAUGAAUUUUAUCCUUGUGCACAUGGCCCAUCAAAAAAUGUUUGAACAUGCACGUCUGAAUUUUAACAUAUUAGAUAUUAAAUUUCA